CACACUGGCAAGAUCCUGAAAAUUUUAUUCCAGAACGUUUUUUGAAGACUGUUGAAAAGAAUAGGUUUAUGCCGUUCGGUGGUGGCGUAAGAUUGUGUCCAGGCAAACAUGUGGCUAUAGCGUCACUUAAGGCGUUGAUGGUGUUGUUGUUGUUUGGAAAGUAUGAAGUUGAAUUGGUGAAUCCAAAUCAACCGUUAAAAAUUGUUUAUAAACUUGGCAAUGCCACUUACAAUUAA